AUGGCAUUCAUCAUUAUACGUACGCCAGCCGGCUGUCAUUCACCAUUCAUAACUUUAAAUGCGCUACAUUAUGUAAUAUUCAAUAUUUUACGUGAAAAUACGUGUGGUUACUCAUGGAAUGUAUCUUGUUAUAGUUUUCAGCGACCGCUAAGAUGAUGGUCAGUGGUUAGGAACUAACAUGGAAACGGAAAGUAAUACACUGUUGAAUCAGCUUCGGCUCAAACAUGAGAAUCACCCGAAUACUUUAAGUCACCUCACCAGUGAGAACAGCGACGGUCUGAAGAUAAAGUUACGAGCAUUAUUGGUCGCGCUUCUCGGAGUGUCGAUGUCCGCAUGUGCCUUCGCGUCGCAGCCGGUCGAGCUUGAGCUGGACGACGACGAUGUUGCGCAGAAACUCAACAAUGUCAGCUUUGCGAGGCGGAUCACGAAGCCGACCAUUCGUCUCGUGAUGGGUUAUGGAAAGCUCAGCGCGUUCGUCACCGCAAUAACCUCACUGCUGUUACUAGUUGCUGUCAUGUCCAAGCUACCGGCGGCAGAGGGAACGGCGGCUCAUCUCGCGGCGCGUCGGUCCCGGCGCUGCGCGCGGUGUCGGCGGGCGGCGCGCAGUGCGGGUGAAACAAAUCAGUCGUGGUGGCGUCGCGGCGCUCGCUGGCUGGCCGCGCCGGCGCUGCUGGUCGCCGCGCUGGAGGUCGCGUCGGACACCAGCGACGCAAUGCUAGCUGCCGCGCUGCGAGGGUCCGCUGAACCGGCCAGGGUGGCAGCUCAAACAGCUGCUGCCGCCCUACUCAUUACCGUUGAAAUACUAGUCUGGUACUUUAUAGCAAAAUUCUUCGAGUAUAAUCCCCCGCCUUCAGCCGAAGAUCGUGAGAAAGACAAUCUAAUCAGAUCACUGCCGCAGUAACACAAUAAUGUAACAAGUUUAAAAUAUAUCCACAUGCUUAUUUUGUAUCUACAUAUAAAUCCCAUUGAACGAAUCACGUUUUUGAUUUUCCCAUUCCCCAAAUUAUCAUUAAAAUACAAUACGUAUGCACGA